AUGCAGACAAGCGCACCAUCGUAUCCCCGUCCCGACUUUGAGCGCACGCGGCUAAAGUGGCAAUCGCUCAACGGUCAAUGGGACUUUCUGUUUGACGACGACGAUGUCGGCCUCACCUGCCGCUGGGCCCAGACCGGCGUUCCGGAUGAGGUGACGCUGGAGUCUCAGUCAUCCGCGCAACAGACGGGAGCCACGUCCGACAGUGACUCCAUCGUGCAACGGAUCGCGUCCGGCACGCAGGAACUCUUCCAGGGCAACGUGCUUGCCCGCAGCGCCGCCGCCGCACACCGCAAACUAGCCAUCACUGUGCCGUUUGUGUUCCAGUGUCCCGCCUCGGGCAUUAACGACCGCGGCGUCCACGAGGUGCUCUGGUAUGAGCGCCAGAUCAGUGACCUGCGCAGUCCAGACGAGAAGAGCCAAGGGCAGCGACUGCUGCUGCGAUUUGGGGCGGUCGACUAUGAGGCCACGGUCUGGGUCGAUGGCCGCCUCGUCGGGUCCCAUCGUGGAGGGCAUGUUCCUUUCGAGAUUGACAUUACCGACGCGGUCGAUGCUACAGAAGCAGCGGAUUCAUCGCAUCGGCUGACCUUGAGGGUGUAUGACUCCGCGUAUGACCUCACUCAGCCCCGUGGUAAACAAUACUGGGGCGCGAAGCCGGAGAGCAUCUUCUAUACGCCCUCGGGUGGCAUAUGGCAGUCGGUCUGGCUCGAGGUCGUCCCUCCUGCACGUCUGGCAGAUAGCAUUCACGGAACUGUCAUCAAGUCUAAUGACAUUGAGUCGGGCACUCUGGGCUGCCAUAUUGCUGUCCAGGGGCGACGUGCGGGGCAGGCCUGUCAGGUCGAGAUUGAAGCGGCUUUUGCGGGCGUGGCAGUGGCCAGGUCUGAACGCAGGAGUUUGCCCAAGGAGAAGAGUUACGUUGACCUGGUUCUUGGAAUGCGAUUGGGCCAGGAUCAGCUCGCCAAGGUACCUCAGACUGUUCUUGACGAGGCACCGCUGGGCUCCGACCAAUGCUGGCGCAACGGCCUCGCUCUGUGGUCUCCGGAGCACCCACUCCUGUAUGAUUUGACAAUCCGUCUCCUCGAUGCAUCCAAUAAUGCUCUGGACGAGGUCAAAACCUCAACAGGCAUGCGAUCUAUCGACUGGACUUGCGGCGACGGCUUCUGGAGGCUCAACGACAAACCAUACUUUCAAGCUCUCAAUCUAGAUCAGGGUUAUUGGAAGGAAACAUUCAUGACCCCGCCCGCGGAUGACAGCACCCGCAUCGAUAUCGAGUUGGCCAAGCGAAUGGGUUUCAACGGUUGCCGCAAGCACCAAAAGGUGGAGGACCCAACGUUUUACUACUGGGCGGACCGCCUCGGAUACCUCGUAUGGGCGGAAAUGGCCAACUCGUACGAAUUCAGCCCCGAGUAUGUCGACCGCUUCAACCAGGAAUGGACCGAGUCGGUCAGGCUGGCCAUAAACCACCCCUCGGUGGUAACGUGGACACCGGUGAAUGAGAGCUGGGGAUACACCUCGCUGAGUGCCAAGGAGAGCACCGAGCAGCGAGAUCACAUCCGCGCGUUAUACCACCUGACCAAGACCCUCGACCCUACCAGGAGCAUCAACGACAACUGCGGCUGGGAGCACGUACUGACAGAUCUUACGACGUUUCAUGACUACGCCGAUGGGCCAGAGCUAGAGAAAACAUGUGCCUGUCGCGACCUCAUUCUCGGACCCAAAGCCGGCCGUGACAUGUUCGUUGGUGGCGCGCAACAUAAAGAAGGGGCGCCCAUCAUGUGCACCGAGUUCGGCGGUGUGAACAUUGCGCCCACCGCGGCAACCCAAGGCGAUGGUGAUCGCGACUGGGGAUACACGACGGCGAGCAAUGCUGAAGAUUUGCUGCGGAGAUUCGAGAGACUUGUCAAGGCCGUGACCAGCGGCGGCAUUUGCUGCGCAUUUGUAUACACGCAACUGACGGACAUUGAACAAGAAGCAAACGGCUUGUAUACGUUUGACCGGAAAGAGAAACUGGAGGCCGAAAAGGUCAAGAAGGUCAUGGACGAGGCUGUGCAACUGUUUUAUGACAAGGUAGUGAAUCUGUGA